UUCAUUUUUUAAGAAUCAGUGUGUUUCUUUUGUGAAAUUUAAUACAGUGUAACGUAUGCUGAGCUUUACCAUUUUCACUUUGACUUAGUUUAAAAACCGAUUUAGUUAAAAGAUUCCUUAAACCUUAAAAUCUGCAUCUCCAUGACAGAUGACUUUUCCUGGCUUCUGUAGCCAUAACAUUAACAUAGGUUAUUAACAAUAGUAGUACCUCCAUUGGUGGUGUAUGCGUGUGACACUGACAAGUAGAAUUUAAUGUUCACAAUACGAUUUGUUAUCUCAUAUAUGUUAUCUAUUAAGUAUCGGUUUUCUUGUGCUCCAGUCCUUGUCUGUACCAAAUAUGUGCCAACAUGUUUCCAUCGUUACCCAAGAAUGAUCGUGGGAGGACGUGCUCAUUCCACAAGGAUUUACCAGAGUUCAUAACUUCUCAAUACACUGCAUUCAGUUACAUUCGGAAGGAGGAGAGAUGUAUUCUCUGCAAGAACUUCAGACUGGGUUCAGAUAGCAGGGAUGUUCAUGUGAAAUGUGAGAGUACGCGUCCCAAGAACGACAGCAACAUACACGGCUCCAAAGUACUACCCCUGAAGAUCCACAAAGCAGUGACCUACCUGACCAGCAACCGACAAACAGAUGCCGGGGCACGGAGCUACUCCACCCCAGCUACUCGGGGCACCAGCACCAGAAUGCAGAACACCAUCUCCAGAAUAUCCAAUCCACGACGAUGUAAAACACGUGUUUCUUAUACCUCUCCCUCCAGACUGUCUACCAGGGAGUCCACUAAAGGUCGACAAGGCAGCAUGAGAUCUAGUCUAGAUUUCUCAAUCGCUCAGUCGAGGGGAAGUAACGACUCCAGCUUUCCGCCGCUUUACAAAGACGAGUCCGUAAUUUCGCCGUCUUAUUGUCGCAAGUUUAACAGCCCCGUAGAACAUUAUCAACCAAUCGUGAAGAUAGACUGUUUAUUGGGCAGUAUGAAGUCUGCUAUGAACCCUGUUUACAUAUAGGGAAUUUAAUGGUAUUUCAGUGUUUGGUUUCGAGAAGUCAGAUGUUGAUUGUUUCGUCCGUUUUAUUGAUUAUAAUUGCUGCUGCUAUCUAAUAUUUGAUAUGAUGAUAAAUGACAGGCAAGUCCUGCAAACAAUGUUUACCAUCUUAUUUUGAUUUUUGAACGGAGAACACGAGAAAGAUUUUAUUCAUAGCAAAAUAAUGUUUAUAUAGAUGAUAAUACAUACAACUGAAUUCAAUAACUUUCUAUUGUUCAA